GUUCUAACAAAGUUUAAAUCCUAAAUCAAAUUCUGUUAUUAAAUUAACAAAAAAUGUCGUUAAAACAAACCACAGAUGUAGAUCCAUUAAAAAAUGAAAGAACAGGAAACGUAAGGGAAGUGGGUUCUCAAGCAAUAUGGAGUUUAUCAUCUUGUAAACCAGGAUUUGGGGUAGAUCAAUUAAGAGACGAUAGGGCUGAUACGUAUUGGCAGUCAGAUGGACAGUUACCUCAUUUGGUUAACAUUCAAUUUCAAAGAAAAACAACCAUUAGUGAUAUUUACAUUUAUACAGACUAUAAACUUGAUGAAAGCUAUACCCCCAGUCGAAUUUCUAUUAGAGUUGGUACACAUUUUAACGAUUUGCAGGAAGUCGAGGUUGUCAUGUUAUCUGAGCCGUCAGGUUGGAUUCAUGUCCCCAUUAAGGAUAUUCGUGAUAGGCCUAUACGAGUUUUUAUGAUUCAGAUAGCAGUUACUAGUAAUCAUCAAAAUGGAAGAGAUACUCAUAUGAGACAAAUUAAGAUUCAUAGUCCAAUAGAUAAUCCUGCAAUACAACUGGAUAAUUUUAUAACAUUUUCAACUGUAGAAUUUCAGCAAUUUGCUACUAUUAGAUAAUGGGUUAGGUUGGAAGGUAAUAAAACAAGGUCCUAUUUUUUAUAUAUAUUUUUUAGGUAAAAAUUACUGCAUAAAUAAUUUUAGUACAAAUAACCACUAUUAUACUUUAAAUAAUAAUAAUAUAAACCUUUGCUAUGUGAUGUCUUUAAAAUUAAAAUUAUUAAUAAUUAUAAUUC